UCGUUUUAACUUUAUAUAGACGCUUAAAUAAAAAGAUCAUUACCUCUAGUUUCAGAAUCCUAUUUGUUUUAAUAUUUUUUAAAAAGAAGUUUGCCGGAGUUAGAAUGGCGAAAACAUGGGUAGCUGUGGUUUUGUCCGUGAUGCUACUUGUUUCGACAAACUCUGUGGUGGCUGAGGAGGAACAGCCGACUACUGUUGGGCAGAGGAUAGACUCUGCCUUGACAGGAGUCACAAACGCAUUCAAUGAACACGGUGGCAAAGAAGCCGUCGAAACCGUAUCGUCUACCGCAAAGUCCGUUUACGGAUGGUUCGGUGAUAAAGCCAAGGAGAUGGGAAUCCAUUUCUAAAUGGAGGAAUGAGUAAACAUCUUAUAGAUGUGAUGUGUUUACAUAGUGAAAAGAGCUCUCUACCUAUAUAUGUAAUUGAUUUUGUUUAUCUAAUCUCUAAUGACAAAACAUGUA